GUUCGCAGUUGUGAAAUCAUGGAGAGUCUCGAAGAAUUAGGAAAGAGCAUUGAGGAAAAGAAAUUUUGCAAACCAACUUCGUGGCUGGUGUGCAAUUCAAAUGGAUGUUUUCGGCCUGGUUGCGUGUAAGUUUCCUAGGUGACUGCUUACGGAUUUCAGUGUUUUGCAUUUUCUGCGUGCUCGGAAGCGGACAACUGUAACCUUAAAGCUAAGUUUUGCUAAACGCUGUUUUUCUUAACUUCUUUGUUUUGAAUAAUGAUUCCAUCAUUUACGUCCAAAUUUUGAACAACAAGUACUGGGAAUUUUGUACCCUUUACUUGCUGCUCAUAAGCUCCUUUUACUUUUGAUUCGGUUUUUACAGUGUAUUGCAUGUUGUAAACAUGCUCUGAGCCGGCCUCUGUAGCCUCCAGGCUUUGGAGUUAAUUAAAUCAGUUGGCUACAAGAAGCUCCGAAUCUUUCAAUUCACCUUGCAAUUUUCACAGUACUCUAUUACUAUUAGAACAACCAAAGUUAUUGUAUAUUAUCUGCAUUAAAACAUGUGAAUCAAGCAAGUCCUACAGAGUAUACGUACAUGUUGGCCUGGCACUCAAUGAAUUAUUUAUCAAAUUCCUUUAUUAAUCCAGAAGAAGGUAAUACACAGAUCUAAACAUUGUGUGAUCUUUCUUGACAAAACGCGGCAAAUAAGGUUCUGAUAACUCCGAUCCUUCGUUUGAUUUUACAAGUGCACAUUCUGUUAUUAAACUAAGUUCUAAUAGGUACUACGAUAAGUUUUUGCACAAAAUACAAAAAUGACAUAAUUAAUCUAACUUGUAAUUCAUAUUUUUAAGGCCAGGAGGAAUGCGGAAAAGAUCACUGAAUGCACCUCACCCGGUUCCAAUCUUUGGGAGAAAAGGCCACUUGUUGGGAGAUGAAACAUAUUCCAGGUUGGUAAUUUACAACAAACUUAAUGGCAUACUCGAUUGAUUGUAUUCUGGAACUAGAAUAAUGAAUAUUGAAAUUAACUCUAGAAAUCACUUGUUUUGGUAUUAAUUGCAUUGCAAUAUCUAGAAAUCUGCUUGAAAGAAAAUAUUCUGAUGAAUGUAGUGUUCCAGUGGUCCUAAGAACACAGUAGAAGAGAUUUGUCAAAGAACUUUUCCUUAUUCUUAUUCCAGAAUACGAUAUACACUGUAUUGAAGGUGUCCUUAAUAAGCACGGGUUCAGAUCAAGAUCUUGAGCAUACAAUAAUAUUGUUUGUUCUAAAUAUACGUACAUGUACAUGUGACCGGCCAGUUUACACAAGCAAUCCUAUCCUGUGAUAAGUUUCAAUUCCAAGAUUCAUCUAGGUAUCUGCAUGGUUACUUUCCUUUUUCUUCUCUUUCUGGAAAUCUCAUUGUACAGAUUCGUACAUGGUUUUUCAUAAAAUAAAUAUGUGCACAAAUUUCACUCACAGCAAGUCAAAAUUUAAUGUAGUGAGGCACAGAAAAUUGUCAACUGCUUCAGGAAGGCAAGAUAUAUUGUGUUUUCAUGGGUUUUUCAUCCCUGGAUGAACUGUCAUCACAUGCUGCAGAUAGCGAUGAAAUCAUGUAUAGCUGUAGAGACCAAAUCGCUUUAGUCAAGGAUCAUGUAAUUAAGAAGCAAAUAACCUGUAGACAUUGAAACCAAACCUAUCAAAGAAUGGGAUUGCUCACACAAACAGGUCCUUAAAAGAAGGUGUUAGAAGGUUCUUCGGAAAGUGACAGUACAGUUUGCAAUUGCAGCACAAAAUAAGCCUCAUGCAUGGCAAGCACAUACAAAAUACAGGGCAUGAGAUAAAUGAAGCACCUGAAAGGUGACAGGUUGUAUGCCUUAGAGCUAUAUGAAACAAUACUGAAACCUACUGCAGUGUUCUUACUAGGAUUUCGUACACUAGGGUCCACAGUACCCAUAGGGAAGCUAACAGGAGGUCAUGAGGGAGAAAAGUUGGUCACAAUUUUCUAGACACAGUUAACUCAACGUUUUCACAGGUCUGAGUCUUAGAUAAUGAUGGAUGUUUUCUAAACGAGCCAUAACCAAUUAAUUUUUAAGGAAAUGUACGUUAUGUAUGCAUACAUUUUGUAACAGGUUUUUAGCUGCAAUUCCGCGGUCUGGUAAGAACACUAUUAUUGUGACCCUAACCUUAAGCCAACAGUUUCAUUUGAUUGAGAAAUAUCCCUGCAGCCUUUAGAACCCUUCUUCCUUCCUCUAUACAGCAUCUUCCUUCAUUAGUACCUUAAGUUGUCGUGAUAAAUGCAUGAGUUAAAAGCAGUUUUGCAACUUUGAUGGGAAAAAAGUUUUUAUGAAAAAAGAUAAUCCAUCUCCAGUAUCAGUUAUAAUAUUUUUUCCAGAGAGAUUAUUAAGGUACUUGUCGUGUACUUUGCAUAGAUGUCCUCCUAUUGAUUGUAAAUUUUAGGGAGCCUAAUAUUGGCAAAAAAAGCACAUUUAAAUGGCACAGCUUCUGCAGUGGUACUAAUCAGAUAAUGAAAACGUGGUUUCAUAAAAUUGACAAUUUUGUCUACUUUUUUUCUUGAUGGUUUGAUGAAUAGUCUGUAAUAACUUACUAACUAAAGGAAUUUUAUUAAAAUACUAGUGUGUUUUCAUCAAUACCAUUUUUUUAAAAUUUAGUUUGAUACUACAGCAAUUUGACUUUAAGCUACUGUAUAUCUAAAACAAGAAACAUGUUUGACUAAGACUUUAUUAAUAUGUAAUUAUUAUUGGUAAAUCAUCUUCAUUAUGCAAGUAUCUGUACAUAUGUUAAAUUAUCCUUUCAAUGGUGAAGAUUAUUAUUUUUAGUUUCAUAGUGAAAUUCAAUCACCUCACAUUUUCUUACAUGGCAAAGACAUAAACUUUGUAAUAUUCAUUUAAUCCAUGUCAAAGGAUUUUUUUGCAACUCUUUUCUAUCAAUUAUCAGAUUUUACAUUGUAAAUUCAAAUUAGUUUUGAAAAAGGUAGGUCGUUAUUUGUUGUGAUGUAUAACUCUUGAUCCAAUUCCCUUUUGCUAAGAGAUUGGUCGGAGAGAAGUGAAUUGUUGUACUUGUAGUCCUUCCCUUGUAAUAUAUAACUGUUGUAACUGUAGUUGUUUGAAUUCUAUAAGGCAGUGAUUUGGCUUGAUGAAACUGUAAAUAUUGACAACUUAAGUCUUGCGGAUCACAUGAUUUGUUUUGAUCCAAUUUCCACGGAACAGAAAAUGAUACCAACAACAAGCAAUAGACCCUGUGUUAUGGUGAGGUAUGCGGCUUGACAUAAUUUUUCAGCAAAUUGAGACAAUAUAUUACUGUUGCAUGAUUGAUUGUAAUAGUUAUUGUUUUUAGUUGCUUGUUUGUUUGUUUGUGGAAGGACUGGAAGGAAGUUUGGAAUUGUUAAAUUCCUUGCCCUUCCAGUAUUACUUACUACAUCAGCAUUGUUGAGCGUGAAAGACUUGAGUACAAGUUUAGAAAAACGAGUACAUUGUAAUAAUUUCUAAGCUAAGCUGCAAACGGACGCAACAACUCCCAACAUUGAUGGCCCAACAAUGUUGGGAGUGUUGGGUGGGUUUGCACGUAGCUAAAAGUUUGACCGGUUUCAAACUUUGUGCAACAACUCUCAACAACAAGGAGCAAUAUGCAACAACAUGCAACAGGGUGUGCAAACGGACGGAACAUCUAACAUCUAACAAUGCUGGGAGUUGUUGACCAACAAUGUAGCGUCCGUUUGCACGGGGCUUUAAAAUACUUUACGCAUCAUCCAAACUACUAAAAUCUUCAGUUUGCGGUGUUGACUUCAACUUGUGUUGGUUAAAGGCAAAGAAAGAUGUGUACAGUAUAUCGCUUUCUUGGUUGGUACUAUCUUUAGUAUUUUCACAUGUUUACCAUGACUCGGUGAUUAAGCCAAAUGAUUUGGGGUUUGGUUUCAAUUAAGACAAAAUAACUGUGUUGAGAAACGAGCUUACUACAGGUGUAUUUAUCUUGCAUAGUGAACAAAUUAUACAAAUAACGUCUCUCAAUGUUAAACGUGGAGAAUUUGCAACACAGGUUUUUCCAGUCCUUAAUUUUAAAAAGAUGUCUGUAUAGCUGAAAUACUCCUUGAUCUGUUCUUUGCGCAAAUUUAAAUCAAAUUGCUGUACUGCAAGGUUGAGAGCUUUUACAGAUUACGAGCAAAUGGGAUAGGAUCCGUGGUGAUUCGCAAGAACCAGUAUUCGAGCUACUAGAGUAAAUUCUGAUCAAGGGAAACAAGAUUUAGUUCGAAUUAGCAGGUGAUUCGACUUAUCCGAGUUCUAGUUAGCCGAGUAAAAAUGACUGAAAAGUGGAGUCAAUUCCAAGUACAGUCUAACCUCUCCUUACGGACACCUCUCUAUUACGGACAGUUCGUUUGGUCCCAGAAAUGCCAAAAAUCAUACAUUCCCUACCUCUAUAAUACGGACACCUCUGUAAAGCGGACACUUGGUUCUGUCCCUUUGGUGUCCGUAUUAAGGAGGUUUGACUGUAGUCGUUAGUUUGUGCUUCGGACUGUUGGGAACAGGCUCGCAUUAUGCCUAAUUAUGCUACAUUGCAUAAUACAAAACAUUAUUUGUUUCAAUUCUAAUUGAUUUUGAUUUUAAGCUACGAAUGGCACGUUUGAAAUUUAGAUUUUUUAUCUUUGUGGCGAUCAUCUCCUUAAUGUUAAUCUGCUUUAUUUACCUCCACCCUUAUAAUCACAGGAGACAACUGGUAUAUACACAGAAAAUGAUAGCCUAAACCAUGUAACAAAAAAGAGGUUUUCCUUCUUUGGGGGGAGGGAGGGAGGGAGGGUGUGGCUACACCUAGGCUAAUUAAUAAAAUGAGUCAUUCAUUCGUUCGUUCUUUCGUUUCCUCGUUCAAUCAUUCAGUCAGUCAGUCAGUCGGUCAGUUUUUGGCUUUCACUUGUCCUUUACAAUUCCUCAAGCUUACCUCUUAAGUAUGAAAUAUUUAUCGGGUACAAAAUUUAUUGUGGUCCAGUUACAUUGUAAGUAAUGGCUUUGGAGCGCCUGACAUUCACUCUCUUCAGUAUGAGGCGAAUUUGAUUUGGCACGUUAAAUAAAUCUUAAGGAAUUCAAGAUCGUUACUCAUUUUUUUAGUUGUAUUGUUAAUUCACUGAUUGUCGGCUUUUGAGUACUGACAAUGAGCUCGCUCAACCGAAGAGCCAUUUUCACGUACUGCCACUCGGCUCACAGGGGGCGCUCACGUCAAUCGUACGGACACGAAAAAGUUGGUCAUCACGUCGACCUUAGCGAGUCCGUUACCACUGUCAGGGAGUCCGACGGGCAGAACGCCCUACGUCAAUUUGUUCUUUGCAUGAGAAAAGUUUGUUUAAUGUUGGUUGUUUUGAAGAAAGAGACAUUUUGUAAACAACAUUAACAAUAUUGAUGUCAUUAUAUGUUACGUGUAAGUGAACCAGUGAUAUCGGCCUCGCCCUGUGGGACCUCAUGGUUCAUAUUCAUUAAGAUCGCAUCACUCUGUUGUUUUAGAUCCGAAGGAGCGUAUGUUGGCAACUUAAGGCGCUAGAUCGUUUUCCGCUUCCGCCCAUACAUUUACACUGUAGAAGAGCUUUCUGGCGCAUAUCCGUGAUAUCGUAUCACUGUGUGCUUCUAAGAGACAAGUCAAGACAUAACUUUUUAGAUUAGCUUUUACGUAGUUUUAACUACAUUUUAUUUUAUAUUAUUUAUGUAUUUUUAUCAGCAUUUUUACUUUUUGUCGGUUUUAUGUAUCAUAGAUUGAUUUUAAAUUUUAAUUAGUAUGACUGUAAAGCGCUGUUGAUCAUUUAUAUGUUAAAAGGCGCUAUAGUAAAUUUAUAAAUUAUUAGUAUUAGUAUUAGUAUUAGUAUUAGCAACAAUACGAACAACAACAACAAAUGUAGAUCAGAAAACCUGAUGAAGCCGCUUCUCACUUAUUAUCUGCGAAAUUCUUCUACCUGGAGUGUUGAGCUGUGAACUGACUAAACCCCCCCCUGCCAUUUCGACACCUGUGAAUUCCGUUGUUUUUUUUUACCCGUAUAUAGGCAUCUGUCUUGAGCCAGCCAAUUAAAGACAAGAUUGAGAAUCCUUUCCAUGAACAGAGGCAAAAGCGGCUACGAUCACAUAGCCUGUCCACAUUUAAUACUCAUAAAAAAAUGUUCUCUUGUAUACAAGGUGACAAUCAACGUUUCUUUGAGGAUGCCUGUGGAUCAGCGUCAAUCAAAUUUAAAAUAGACUCUUUGGAUCGAUGUUCUAUUGUUAGACUAAAAACAGUUUUUAUUACCUGUGGUUAAUAUUGAUUUUUUGAGGGCAUGAAUCUCUCCAGUGGACUUCUCGCAACAAAAGUGAUCAGGAAUCAAGGCAGAGAAUCUCUCAAGUUAGUUUUUGUCCAGAAAUUCCUAUGCCAACUGUGCGUCCGCAAGAUGAAUUUAAUUAUGCAGACGUCAUCAGAACUUGCCCAAGUUGUCUAAUUUGUAUUUUUUUCAAUUGAAAUCAAUGAAGAUCACAAAGUUAUUCUCAAUUUGCAUGAUUAACGUGCAUACCUCAGUUCAAGUAGAGAUUUUUUUUAUAUAAUAUAAUCUAGUGGUAAGAAGUAACUGUGAAAAUAAACUGAUACUGACGAAUUUCGGUCCACUUGAAACGCGGAAGGAAAGAAAAUGAAAGUAGUCCGGAGAAACUUCCUAUUAGAUGUUCACUCAACUUCACAGUUGGAUGAUCAUUUGAAAAUAAUGCGUGCGGUUAAUGUUUGUAUAUGUUAAGGUUUGUUUCGAGUUAGUCAUGCAAUUCUGACCGAGCAGGCUAAACAAUUCUUGAAUUUAAAGGUAAUGCCGGUAGGAGAAAUGUCUGCUGGAAUCUUAUCAUCCCAAAACUGAUCGAGAUUGGGGGAAGGCACCUGGCCUCCGUCAUAUCCGCCAUCAUUUUGGCCCUCUUAUGCAACCGAUUUUUUUUUAACCUUUGUCAAAGCGAGGCAAGCGGAAUUCGAGCUUUUGUCGUGAGCAGUUGAGUCUCCCUUAGUGCAAAAGUGUUAUGCAUCGCACUGCUAAUCUGAUCCCACUGAUCUCGCCGUGAACGUUUAAUUCUCAUUUAUGGGUUCACCUUCGAACUUUUGCUGUCUGCUGCCUUCUUUUCGCAAGAAAAAUUCUGGAAUCAGGUGUUGGAGGAGACACGUUAAUUCCGACUUUAAAUCAUGGAACUGUGAGCAUUCUGGUAUUAAAUCCAAUGGAUUUUUAGAGUUAAGCUCACGAGAUAUGAAACAUCAAAGGUCUGAGGAGACACGCACUCAUUGGUAAAUACAUUUUUAUUAUUUCAUGAUUUAUAGUUGUACAGUCGAAUCCCGCUUUAUAGACACCCGCUUAAUACGGACACCUUAUUAUUACGGGCAGUUUGCUUUGUCCCUGGGGGAAAGAAACUCCAUACAUAUUCUCUUACCACGGACACCCCCUUAAUAUGGACACUUUCUAUCUCCGGGCCUCCUUAGUGUCCGUAUUAACGGAGUUUGACUGUAGUUAACAUCAACUCAAGCACUACUAUAAUUAUGACAGAAAAUAAUGGAAGUGGAGUUAUGUGCAAUAUACGCUUGUAGCCAUCGCGUUUGUUCCGACUGAAAUUUAUUGAUUUUAAGCUUAAAAGCAAUAAAAUAUACCAACGGGCAAAUACGAAGGCUUUAUACGCAUGUUCAUCUGAAUUUACCCUUACAUUUCUUGCUUAAGUUGAGGCUUGCUCAGAAGUCACUGUUCCAGUUUCUGAUUCGCACUAAUUGAAAUACUCAAAGUUAAUAAAUUAAGGGAUAUCGUGACAGAAAAAUAAAUAAAUAAAUAAAUAAUAAUUAUGAUAAUAGUAAUAAAAUAAACGACAGUCAACUUUUUUAUUUCGUCUUGCGCCGGCCGUAAGACAUGUAUGCCAGAGCUUUUUAAUUAUGUUAGAUUUAAUGUGUAUUUAGUGCUACGAGAAACUUUGUGCGAUUUUUUUUAUAGACUGCUGCCACUAUUGUUUUGUUGUCGACUAUUUAUUAACAACCAAGCCUGAGUGCCCAAUAUUAUCCUUUGUUCUCUUUUCAGUUGGUUCAAACGUAAUUUCAAGUAUCACGCAAAAGACAGUAUAGUUUAGUCAAGUUCUCAAUAUAGCCUAUCAAUCAUGUCUACGUACGUCAAUUGCUGCUUCCUUGUCCGCGCAAACUAACUAAUUAUACAAAAAAAAAACACAGAUACUUCUCCCCGCAGGCUUGUGCAUUCGCAUGAAUUGAAAUACGUACAAUUAUAUGUUAUGGGAAAAAUGAAAAAGCGAGAACAUUUUUGUGACAUUUUAUAGAAAAAGAAAAAAAAAAGAACUAGGACCAACACGAGUUUUGCCUAGAAUCAAAAUAUUUAAAGACUGGUUUAAUCACCGAGGUAAACCCGGAAAACAGGGGAAAAGGAUAUAGUUCUUAACAUAGCAUUGUUUAGUUUAGUAUUCAAAAGGAACUAGGACCAUCUGUUCACGAGUGAAAGUCUAGUGAUCCGAAAAUUAUCGAUAAAACUUACCGUCUCGAAAACUGCCUAGAAUCAAAAUAUGGCCACAAAACGUUAAAAUGGGUAAUUAUACCAUUUUGUCGAUGUUCGAAAAUCCUAGGAGAGGCAGGUAAGCAAGAAAUUUUACAACAAAUGCUCCGAAAAUUCUAGAUCUCAAAUCGUCUUCCGAACAGAUAUUUUCCCGAAAAUUUCCGUUGGGUGCCCCUGGGAAAAUGGGUUUCUAAAUUAUUUUCGUGCUGAAUAUCACCAUCCAAUAAGCGCUACUUACUUACAGUGAAUGCAUAAUGUCUUUCACAAGGCACUUCUUUUAAUCGUUUGAGUUCAUUAUCCUAACUGUUUGUCAGCAUUACAAGUUCUAUUUUCUAAUCACUUUGGUUGCACUCUUGUCUGCUUUCUCGUUGUUUGAUAACUGAAAUCAGACUGUUAAUCGGAGACUGAGACAGGAGGAGAUUAUGCUGUCUUCAUUUUCACGGAACAAACAUUUUGUUUUUAUUGUACGUUGUAAACCGCGUAGUAGAAAGAAUGAAAACGCAUUAUAGCAGGGUUAUAUUCUUUCUGAGGUGAAAAUAGCACAUGAAUUCUUGAACUCGAAUAACAGGCGUUCUGUAUCAGAACGCGAAACUGAAAACAGCCGUAAACCAGGGGGAACCACACAAUCUGUAUGUGUAUCCGUUAGUAAGUUUAUAGUAAAUGCAUUAGAUUUACCGUUUGCUUCAUCUUAAGCGUUAUAUCACUAAAUAUGUAGGUUGAUCAAUGCUAAAGAGACGCUGUAUUACCUUAUAUAUGGGUAAUUGUCGAUCUUUUGCCUUAGAAGUGGUAUUUUGAGCGAGUUUGAAGGAUUUUGAGUUCGCUGUUAACGGCGACAGUUUACCGCAAGUGAGCUAAUACAGUGAUCUAUGUUUUUAGCGAUUUUGAUCAAUGUGCAGACGGUUUAAAUCAUUUUAUAAAAUACCAUAGUUAAUUGAGUGGAAUGGUUAGAAACCGUCAAAUCCUUUGUUAAAUGGACCUGAAAUUUCAUUUUGAUUGUAAAAUAAAAACGUUGCAUUAAUUUAUUGGUAACAAUUUGCCAAAAGAAAACAAAGGAUUGUGCACUUUCACGGGCUUUGAACAUAAACUGCAGCACUGUUGUUUUUAUCAUUGAUGACAGCAAGACAUGGGCUCCCCUGUGCCGCGACAGCAAGACACGUGGCAGGUGAUGACUGACUAAAUGACGUCUGUGUUUUAUCUUGGUUCCUACGCAGCAGGUGCUUGAUGAAGGCGGGAAAAUUUGUCGCACGAGAAUUUUGAAGGGCUACCUAUGCCAUCUUGAUUCUUGCGUAAUGUAAAACAACAACAACAACAGUUUAUUCCCGUUACCCACAAUUAGCGGAGCUAUUCUAGGUGUGCAACAAUACAGUAAUUGUCUCCUAUAAAGUCGGCAAAAGAACGAUAAGUAAAGAGAAAGGGAAAAAAUAAAAUGAAUAUCCGGUGGCAAUUGUUAUUAGUUACCAUGGGGAAAACAAAAUUUAAAUUAUAAAAAAGUCGCCAAUUUGAAAAUUCUUAAAUAGGCUGUUACCUGACCAUUUCAAUGCAGCCGGAUGCAUGAAUGGAUAAUUUUUAUGUCCACUGCAAGCCUUCUUUGAGGUGCUUCAGAUGGUUAAUUUUCUGCCUGCAAUUCUAACGAUCCGUUGUGAUGCGAUCUUAUUCAAAAUGCCGUGGCGGUGGUUUCUUUGGUAGAGAAAUUCCGCUAUCCAUAAUGAAGCUGUAAGGGAUAAUCGAAUUCUAUUAGCCAUAGUUGUGCUACUCAGCGAGUCAAAAUGAUCCGUAAUUUUGUGUUGUUAGGUAUCACACUCGGAAAAAUUUGGAUGCCGGUUUAAACGGUCUUCGCAGCAGGCCGCUUAGCCCGGUGUUGGGAAUACAUUGAGGAUAACACCAUUCUUACUAUUGUUCAUGAAAAGUAUGACUUUGUUGCUGCGCUAUAAAUUCUCUUAUUCUCUAAUCAGUUGACUUUCUUUCUUCAUUAGCUAUGCAGAUCCCUCAGAUCACUAUCUGGACUGGGAGAAGCAACCUUUUAAUGUGUUAGUAAUAAAAAAAGUCAUGGACUCUGAAGUAACCAGAUGCUUUAAAGAACUCACCAAAUGGCUAAUUGAGGUAAGUCUAUGAUCUCCCUCCUCAUUGACCUUCAGCAUACACGAAUAUACACUCAGUAAUCGUGGUGUUUUAAGCAAUCUGAUUGGUUUGCUAUCUCCAGUAGCCUGUUCACAGACCCUCUUAUUUUCUCUUCAAAGUCCGUGGAGCGCGUGUGAUAAAAUAUAAAUCGCCUCCCUCUCGCGCUCGCCGAUAGCCUGCGCACUGAGGCGCUUGGACGUAGUGGGCACAAGAAAAAACGGGCGCGCGAGAAGGAGACUCGCGUGUCUCCCUCGCGCGCCCGUUCUCUCUUUCGCCCACUACUUUUAAGCGCCUGCUACGGAGGCUAGCUCGCCCAUGUUUUCCAAAAGAACGAAAAGAAAAAUAAAACAACGUCUGUGUACAGGCUAUAUCUCCAGAUAUUGAGCAACCAUCUGUGGCUGGAGUUGCAGAUGGUGCGAUUAUCAACUGACAUACAGCACAGUUGAACCUCUACACAACGGCCACCUUGGGGCAGAAGAAAGUGGCCGUGGUGGUUUAAACAAGAGUCAGUGUAUGGACUGUCCGCCAAAAUCAGUGGCCAUUGUAGAGAGGCGGCCGUUAGUGGAGGUUCUGCUGUAUUAAAAAAAAAGUUUCAAUGAACUAUAGCCACAGCACGACACUUUCUUUUAACAAACAGUAGAGUUUCCGCAAAACCAAGAAACGACAAGUCAUUCAGCAACCACCCGUUGCUGGAGUUGCCAAUGGUGCGAUCAUCAUCUGAUAUGAUACAAAAGUUUUAAAAAUCCACCGAGCCGCAUCACGACACUUUUGUUUACACUAACAAUAGACUUUCCAAGAAAAAGAACAUGAUCCUCGUAUUAAAAUGAACCACCUAAAGGAACUUGAAAAAGAAACUGAAAAAUUUAGGCAUUAGGGAAUGGAACCCUGGCCUUUGCGAUGACUAGGCUAAUCAAGCCAACUGGAGAGCAGGCCAUUGAAGACAUAAAAGUGCACAUGAUCCUCGCAGUAGAAUGAACAACCUCAACGAGGAUCAUGUUCACUUUCAUCUCUUCAUCCAUAGCUCAUCAAAAUAUAAUUUAUUUCAUACAGACUUUCCGCCAAGGCAGGUUCGGACCGGAUCACCUCAUUUACAUACUUACCUGACAAUAGUUCCCAACCUUUUCCCUAAGUGUAAAUGAGUCUAUCCGGUCCGAGUUUUGUACCUGCCCUCUCCGCCUCACCAAGAAUCGACCAGUUAUGGCAAAGACUUUAGUAGCAAAGACAACAUGGCAAUAGUGACGACAACACACCGAACUGACCAACGAUAGGGCUGCAAAUUCAGCACCGGAAGUCGCGCUCGGUCUUUUCUCUAGCUUUCGCGAACUAUAUUUCCUCAUCAUCCUAAUUAAUGUCCUUUCUGACUUCCUUAUAUCCCUAUUCUUUCCAGUCAGUAUUACAUGAAAAUAGUGUUUCAUGAAAAGUGUUUCGUCAUGAAAAUAUUUUGGUCAAAUGUGGUUGAUCAAAUUAUUUAUGCAGGUAUUUAUUUAUUAUUUCUUCAUUUAUCGCAGGAGAAAAGAAUGAUGAUUUUUGCUGAAGCAACAGCCGUUGAAGACCCCUUAGUUUCACAGGAUGAAAAAUUUUCAGCUGUCAGAUCAAAACUUUGUAUUUUCAAAGAAGGUGAAUUAUAAUUACUAGUACUUGUGAUAAGGUUGUAAUCAAACAGAUAACACUGAAUCUCAGUUUCCCGGAGUUGGGUUGAUCUAUUUGGUAGAUUCAUUAUUCUCCAGUGCCAUUUUCAGUUAAAAAAAAAAAAUCAGCGAGUAAACCAAAAUGGCUUUGGGCGCGAAAUGAAGGAAUAUAAAGAACCUAAACCCUGCAAUCUUCCAUUUGAAUAGACGACCCACUAAAAGGUUUUAGGUUCUCAUAGCGCAAAGCCAAUAGUAUUUGCCCAGUACGCUUUUACCGCGUAAUAAAGAAAAAGUGUUGUAAAAAAAGAUUUUGUUGAGUUAUACUGAGAAAUGCUUCUGCCUGUUACGCGUGUGUGUAAGUUGUAGUGCUUUUUCUUCCUGAAACUCCUACUCUUUUGAUUCCUUCAAGGUGACCAGCUUGAUGACAAAAUCGACUUCAUUAUUUGUAUGGGAGGUGACGGUACACUUUUACACGCUUCCUCAUUAUUUCAGGUAAGAAAAGUUAAUGAUAUAUAAUCAGAUUGCGUGGUGUGCACUCCCCUCACUAAAACUAAAAAAAUAAUAAUAAAUCAUAUCUUCAAUAGAUACCUUUAGAUUCAAGCACGAGGACGACAGCGAGUACGAAAUUUGACGUUAAGUUUUUUCGCGUAUUCUGAAAAUAUAGACUCCCUGAAAAGCCUCAUUUUACCAUUUUUUCACUAGAAAAGUUAGCACUGUUACCUUUAGUGAAGGAAGUUACACCCUCUCCCGAUCGCAAAAUAAUAAAACUUCUAACAUUUGAUAACUUUUUGCCGCCACUUCGACAUUCUCGCUAAAACUCGUAGUAGAGUGACGAUGGCUACCACGUUUUCCCGCCAAAUUGACGCUGGUUCACGCGCGAGCAGUACUUACAACUGAGAAAAUCUCGUACUUGUUGUCGUACUCGUCUUAUAAUCUAAAGGUCUCUAUUAUUGUGCCUACAGAAACAUGGCCUGUUGAAUACCUGAGGUGGGAGAUGCCAAUUCAUCUUAGUUCAGUAUCACAGUGCAUUUUCCUUUCACGAGUAUUACUUGGAAAUAUCGAGAUUUGCUGGUUCUAAAAUUUGUUAGCAGUUUCUAUAAAGCUGUUGGUAGUGUUACUAUGCUACGCGGGGGGGUGGGGGAAUCAAGGAAAAGCCGAUGCGCGUUCAUAUAAGGGUCGGCAGAGAGGGUCGUUCACUUCUGCAAAAUCCAUGCUGUUUCCCUUUAUUGUAAAGAAUGUAGCUGUGACCCGUGUGCAGAAGUCCCAUCCUCUACCCAAGGGAUUGAGGGCGGCUGUACUCGGGCUAAUGUAGCUAUCACCUUAGGGUCAUGUGGCAGAGUUUUUUUUUUCUGAUACACUUGAAAAGAAGUGUAUAAGAACACCUCAUAGAUAUUGCUCUUCCUUGACCCGUUUGAGGUAACUCGUCAUCCCUCUAAUUCUCUUUCUCUCACAACAGUGUAGCUGCCCCCCUGUUAUGGCAUUUCAUCUCGGCUCCUUAGGAUUCCUGACAUCCUUCAGAUUUAGAGAUUUCCGCGAUAAAAUUACCGACGUUUUAACGGGUAAGUUCAAUCCAUGUAAUAAGAAUUUCAAAAUAAUUAUAUAUGAGGUAUGCGAAAAUUGUGUUCUAGAAACGAUACAGAAAUUGACGAACCCCUGUUUACCUGCAAUUGUUACUGUACUUCCUGACACUAAAAACAGACCUACUGUUGCGUUGUAACAGUAUGGAAGUCUUCUUAGAACGCACGCUUAUUCCAACUCAUUAACUGUAUCUUUUUUGAGAUUUUUUUACAUUUGAUUAAGUACAGGAUCAAACUAUGAUUCCAAAGAGAGUGGGUAAUAAAUAGCCGUAAUUCUCCCAAAUUGAGAGCUUGCGCACCUGCUAGCCAAUAAAUAGAUCUUGCCUUCCAACAAAAAUAUGCUUGUUUUUUAUGUUUCCACCUGUAGUAUUGUGCCGUUAUUCGAUAGAUAAAACCGCACAAAAUCCAUCCUCGUUCCCAGGGCCCUAUCCUGUUCGUCCUCCGGUGGAGGAGAGGGCCUUAUGAACGAGGUAGCACACAGCCCACAAUCCCUUGAUUGGCUGUGAUGAAGGACCAGCGCUCGAAAUAUCAGCUUUUGAAUCUUUUUACGGUUUACGUUUUUACGUUUUAUCGACUUGGUUGGGAAAAUCAAAUUUUGUGUCUUAUUACUUUUGGGUGCUCUGCCCCAUUUGUUUCGUCGUUAUAGGCGAAUCGCACUCGUUACUAUUUGUGAGACUAACAUUUCUUGAUUAGAGGACUGAGACAAAGGUUUGUGUGUUUGAAGCCUUUGGAGACUUUGAAAUUAGCUAGAUUUGUCGAUCAGCACUACGACGGAGCUCUGCAAAUAUCCGCUUGUAAAACGCCAACUGCCUUCUGCUAACUACGUGUGUUGCACAUUUUGUAGGUCAUGCUGGCUUAACGUUGAGAAGUAGACUACAGUGUGACUUUACCAAGCGUGACAAGGAAGAUGAGGCCAAAACCGGGAAGUCACGCUACUUGGUGGGUUUUAGUGACGAACAAAUUAGUAAGGAACAAGUUGGCAUCUUAAAUUACCUCCCCUCUUUCCCUAGCCUGCGUUGCAGACGUAAUUUAACCUCUGUUAGUACCUUCUGUAAAGCAGCGCCGGUAUCCUUGUUCUUGGCCCACAACGGACUCAACGAAUUAUCGGAAAUGCAUUUCGAAUUUCCUUCCAUCUUGAUUGACAAAUCGACAAUGGCGUUUUUAACAGGCCAAUCAUGACGCGUACUCAAAUGCUGGUACACAGGUGGGGGCCCAGAACAAGGAUUUCAGCGCUGUUGCGCAGACGGACUUAACAAGAGGUUAAUUUCGUCUUCGGCACAGGCUACUCUUCCCCACGCUCAACCUCAUACCCAGUUCUUUUCCCUUAGAGAAUGGGAUUGGUGGGAAAAGACCCUCCCACGUUCUAAGGGAAGAGCCCUGGGAACGAGAUUGCCCUAUGUUACAGUAGCUUUCCUCGCAGAGUCCUCCCCCCUGCUCUCUUGCGCCUAUACCCCUACAAGUUAUACCUAUUGAAAGGUACUGUAUGUGAAGGAAUGUGAAACUUAAUUCUUGCCAUAGGACGUUUCGCACAGGAUCACAGAAUUACAGGCGCGAAUCUAGCGUAUGUAAGAUUUGUAUUGUGGUUCAGGUCAGGUACAAGUUUGUAUUUGAGGUAAAGAAUAGGUUUUGGUGGUCAGAAGGGGAAAAUGUAUCUGGGUACUAGGAAGGUGGAUGCAGGGGCAUGCAAGGGGGAAAACCCCUCCUCCGCCCGCAAGAUGUGUCCCUGGAUCAUACACAUUUCAACUGAUUAUUUUCACCCAUGAAACUGUUGGAUAUCUUGUUCUGUAGGUUUUGAAUGAGGUGGUCGUUGACCGGGGUCCUUCGUCCUAUCUCACAAACUUGGAUAUAUAUUGCAAUGAUCAUCACGUCACAUCGGUACAAGGAGACGGUAAUUACUGCUAUCACAUUCAUCCCAUCUCUUUGGUUCUCGCAAGUGUAACUGAGUUAGAAAGAAAGCAUGGUCAUGUAUACUUUAAAAAAAAAUGCAAGACUGUUAUUUCAGGCUCGAUUUCUUAAAUCCGGAGCUCGUUUUGACUCCCAAAUGACGGUAACAACUUUCCCCUGUCUUACUAUCAUUUAAAUGACUUUGUGCUCUUUAGUGUCAACCUUGUCCCAAGGACUCUUCCCCCGCCCUGGGAAGAAGGUUGCGUUAUUGUUGAAUUGGUGCUAAACUGGAAAAAAUUUGAAUUAAGAUCUCUAUUACUUUCUGAAACGACACUAAAACUGUCCGAAAUCCAAGCCAGUUGUGCAGUAUUUUACUGAAACUCGUUGUUGGUCGCCAUACGUUGUUGCAACGCCCAAAUUAGCGAUUUGAAUUGAAACUGCUAGGUUAAGAAUGAGAAAGAUGUAUUCAUGUGUGAGAGAGGAAGAAAACAAUAAUUAAACUUCCCAAAGAUGACUUAACCCUUUAAGCCCUAAGAGUGAUCAGCGUCAAAUUUCUCCAUGUAAUAUCACUGCUUUAUAAAACACAGUGGUCAUGAGAAUUAAGGACAUGAUCACACAAGAUGAAUCUAAUUGAUGCUUCAACAAAUUCUCCCCACUACUUGUAUUGAAAACGCAUAGGGAUAACAAAUGAGAAUUUGAAUUUUGAUGUUAGGGUUUAAAGGGUUAACUGUGAGAAAAAUAAAAAGGGUCCUGUCUCAACCAAAGGCGAGCGUUUUUGUUUUCCUACAAAUUUUAUUUUCUUAAAACCUGAUUUACCGAUUUGCGUUGCUGCUACCUUCCUGAACCAGUUUAUGGCUGCAGUGUGCUGUAUUCUUAAUCUUCCUAAUCUUCCCUGUAGUGGUGUUACCGUAAGUUGCGUGACGUUGCGUUACUAUUGUCUUUUCCAGGGUUAAUCGUAUCCACACCAACUGGUAGCACAGCAUAUGCGGUAGCUGCUGGAGCAUCAAUGGUUCAUCCCAGUGUGGCCGCUAUCCUAGUAACCCCUGUUUGUCCCCAUUCUCUCUCAUUCAGACCCAUCAUUCUGCCUGCGGGAGUCGAAUUAAAGGUAAUGCCGGUUCAUUUCAAUCCUUCUUUUUUAACUUUUAAGAUUGAGGUUAACUUUAGGUCAACGUCAUCUACCUGUAUCAUCAAAUUCUUCUUCUACAGCGAAAUCCUCGUUCUCCAACGGGUUCUGUCCCGGUGGAAAACGAUGGAGGCUAGGGUUGGUUGGUCCCAUGCUAAACCCUCAACCUGGAGGGUCAGCGACUGUCCCCAGUCUGGCCUGUCACCCUCGACUAAUCCAGCUUAGGUGGACCUCCCAGGGAUAACACUCCACUGGCAUAGGUCUUCAGAUACACAGGCCUCACCAGGGACUGUCCCCAGUAUGGCCUGUCACCUUCGACCAAUCUGGCUUUGGUGGACCUUCCCGGGGUAACACUCCACUGACAUAGGUCUUCAGACACACAGGCUUCACCAGGGACUGACCCCAGUAUGGCCUGUCACCCUCGACCAAUCCAGCUUGGGUGGACCUGCCAGGAGUAACACUCCACUGGCAUAGGUCUUCAGACACACAGGCUUCACCAGGGACUGGCCCCAGUAUGGCCUGUCACCCUCGACCAGUCCAGCUUGGGUGGACCUGCCAGGGAUAACACUCCACUGGCAUAGUUCUUCAGACACACAGGCUUCACCAGGGACUGACCCCAGAAUGACCUGUCACCCUCGACCAAUCCAGCUUUGGUGGACCGGCCAGGGAUAACACUUCACUGGCAUAGGUCUUCAGACACACAGGCUCACCAGGGAUUGACCCCAGUAUGACCUGUCACCCUCGACCAAUCCAGCUUGGGUGGACCUGCCCUGAGUAACACUCCGCUGGCAUAGAUCUUCAGACACACAGGCUCACCAGGGAUUGACCCCAGUAUGACCUGUCACCCUCGACCAAUCCAGCUUGGGUGGACCUGCCAGGAGUAACACUCCAAUGGCGUAGGUCUUCAGACACGCAGGUUUCACCAGGGACUGACCCCAGUAUGGCCUGUCACCCGCGACCAAUCCAGCUUAGUGUUGGACCUGCCAGGGAAAACACUCUACUGGCAUAGGUCUUCAGACACACAGGCUUCACCAGGGACUGUCCCCAGUAUGGCCUGUCACCCUCGACCAAUCUGGCUUUGGUGGACCUUCCAGAGGUGACACUCCAUUGACAUGGGUCUUCAGUCUCACAGGCUUCACCAGGGACUGACCCCAGUAUGGUCUGUCACCCUCGACCAAUCCAGCUUGGGUGGACCUGCCAGGAGUAACACUCCAUUGGCAUAGGUCUUCAGACACACAGGCUUCACCAGGGAUUGACCCCAUCAUGACCUGUCACCCUCAACCAAUCCAGCUUGGGUGGAUCUUCCAGGAGUAACACUCCAAUGGUAUAGGUCUUCAGACACACAGGCUUCACCAGGGACUGAUCCCAGUAUUGCCUGUCACCCUCGACCAAUCCAGCUUUUGUGGACCUGCCAGGGAUAACACUCCACUGGCAUAGGUCUUCACACACCCAGGAUUCACCAGGGACUGGGCCCAGUAUGGCCUCAACCGAUCCGGUAUGGGUGGACUUUUAGGGGUAAACCGACCGCCUAACCCCGGCAGGCGUAGAUCUUGAAGCACACAAGCUUUACCGCCAUGACCAGUCGACUUGCCCAGGGUGGAGAAUGAGAAUUUUUCAUUAACUGUUUCUUACAGAUUGUACCGAGUGCUGAGAGCAGAAGUUCAGCCUGGACUUCAUUUGAUGGUAGAAACCGUCAAGAGCUAAAAGUGGGAGAUAGGUAAGACUUUCUUAUUGUUUUGGUCAAUUUAGGCAGCUGUUAGAAAUUAAUGGUUGGCGGGCAUUUGAUAAUCCUGCCAGCCAGAAUAUACUUGCAAGAUCAACAAAGUAUACGAGUAGAUACAGAAGCGAAUUUUAUGAAGCGCCCAAUCUGUCGCCUACGUACCUGGAGGUUUUAUUGGCGAACGGGCAAACGAGCGGUGAGGUCGUAAGAGGAAUGAAUAAUUUUGUGAAGCCUAGUUUUCCAUCUAAGUUUAUCUGAUAUAUCAACCUUCAACUGAAAGACGAAAAACUUUACAACUUUAAACACCCUGAUACCUUUGCUUUGAAGGAACGCUGGUUUUGCGAAAAUCAUGUUAUAUCGAAGAGUAAGUGGACAGAAAAAAAGCUAAGCAUAUUGUAAUGUUUUUUUGUUGAUGCUUAUUCUUGUAGUAUUCAAAUUACAACGUCCAUAUACCCCGUGCCAUGUGUAAAUAGCGAGAAUCAGAUGGCAGAUUGGUUUAAGAGUCUUGCUGAAUGCCUUCACUGGAAUGUUCGUCAACGACAACGCCAACUGUCAAUAACAGAUUGCCACGUUUAACACAGAAACACACUAAAGAAACUUCGAGCAUAGAGGACUGCGGCCGGCCGGUGGCAUGGAGAACGCCAGAAAACUAAUAGACUAAAUUCGGAAAUCAACGACCCUGUGUAAACCUAGCUUAAGGUCUGAAGGUUUUGUAGUUACGGGCCACCAAACUAGUUUAACGAAACGGAGUUCUCCUUAUUUAUUUUUUUUUUUUUUGACCGACGUCUUAUGUCACCUCUCUUCUAUUUUGUUAUUUGCCUUUCUUCUAACCUCCAUGUCCGACCACUUAUCCCAAAUUACUAUCUAAACUGUUCACAGUCCUCUAUUUUUCCGUCAGAUCGUCAAGAUCCACGUUUUGCGCUACAGGCUGCCAUCUUGCAUGAGUGUCAAAUCUUCUUAGGAGCGGGGGCGCCCGCCCCCUCGGUACAUUUGAAAACCAAGAUGGCCGCCAUUAACGUUAAGACGCGCUAUAUCUCAACGAUCUCUCGAGAAAAUAGGGGACUGUGAACAGUCUAAUUACUAUCUCGGCAUUUUUAUUACUAUUCGAUUAAACUUUUCUAUUAGGUUUAUACUUUAAAUCAAAAGCUACUUUUGAACCUAAUGAGAUGGCGUUUUUGUCGUUCAGUGCUUUAAAUUUAUUUUUUUGCACGAAAGCCUCAACAUUGAGAAUAUUUUAUAGAAGGAUGCAUGAGGACUUUCUCUCUUAAGAUAUCGAACCUUUUCCAAAACAAAGUGUCGAGCACUUCCAGUUUGGAAAUUACUCUUCAAAAUUUUCUCUCCAAUGAUGAAUACUGUAAGUAAUAGGUAUAUAAUAAUGUACCCAAAAGUAUAAUGUUAUCGGUAGGGUUAUUUAAAUAAACAUAAAUUAAAGGGCUGCCUUUUUUCGUAUCUCAGUUUUGUACUUGUACAAUACAAUACAUAGCACUAGCUGUUGAUGGUGAUAUCACCAUAUCAGGAUCUAUAAUUAUUACUUGAGAAUAAAUUGUGUUUUCGAACAUUU